AUGCAUUCAGAUUUUCCCAGUCUGUACGCAAAACGCCUGUCGCGACGCAAACGCGACGCGACCGGUGCUCUGGAGAUCCGCACCAAUCACGCCGACCCCAUACACGCCGACGUUAAAUACGACCCCCCUCACGACAAGGUAACACCGCCCAAAGACAUUUUACAAGGGACAUCGUACCGAAAAUCUCUGCCUCACACCACAAGACUCGAUAUAGUUCGCGCGUUGAGCCGCUUGGUGGCGCUACUAGCGCUCUUGUUCACCGCAGUCGUAGAGUUCUACCCUCUGGUUUAUAAUUUGUAUUACAUGAUAUACGAUUUUAUGUAUCCUACAUAUUGA